ACCUUUUUAUAACCUGAAGUGUAUAAGGCCACUUGUACGUUCAAUGUUUUUAUUUAUUAAAUAAUAAAGUAUUUUUUAUUAGUUUUACUUGUAAUAAAACAUAAGUACGGGUCUUGUGGCGGAAUGGACUUGAAGAAAGUGAAGAACGAUGAAAAGCUGUCGAUAUGCCGAUUUUACUAUAGAGCUGGAUUCUGCCUUUUGCCUUUGGUCUGGCUGGUGAAUGCGGCGUGGUUUUUCAAAGAGGGUUUCGUCAAGCCACCUUAUGAGGAACAGAAGCAGAUAAGAAAAUAUGUAAUACACUCGGCAAUAGGCGCGCUCAUUUGGGCCGUGGUGGUCGCCACUUGGGUCACAGUGUUCCAGACACAUCGAGUUUCCUGGGGCGAGUUAGGUGACGAGCUAUCCUGUCUCAUACCAACAGGGGAGCCCUGAUCAUAUAACAUUUAUAAUAAUAAUAUAAUAAAUUUUAAAAAAUUAUUUAACUUUUUGUUAUGUAUGUGUAAUUUAUUCAGUACUGUAUUCUAAGUAAAUUAAUCUUUCUAACCAUU